GAAAGGAGUCUCCUUUUUGUUUUGUCUCUAUCUGUCUCCAAAUUUGAGUUUUUAUCGAGAGUAACACACACGUCUCCUCCCUUUCCUUCGGCGAUUUGCUACCUUCCAUCUCUCUCUCUCUCUCUCCUUCCUCACUCUCCGGCUUUAUCAAAUCUCUUUCCUCGGAGACACCGGAUCCAAAUCGACCAGACUCUUAAACUUAUAACCCAUCAUGAGGAUUCUUCUGCAGUUUCUCCUUUAAACUGAUUCAUAGCUCUCUCCAGUUUGGCCACCAAGUGUUCGUUGAAAUUCCUCAGAGAGAGAUGAAGGAUUUUCCUUCUUGCUUCGGUGAAAACGGCGUCCAAGUCGCGGACUCGUCGUCUUCAAACUCCGGCAAAAACGCUCAGAAUCUCGUCGCUUGCGUCUACCAGUGCCGUAUCCGAGGAAGGAGCUGCUUGAUCACUGUGACAUGGGCCAAGAGUCUGAUGGGCCAGAGUGUUACCGUUGGCGUUGAUGACUCUUGUAACAACCAGAGUCUCUGUAAAGUCGAGAUUAAGCCCUGGCUGUUCACCAAACGCAAAGGGUCCAAAAGCCUAGAGGCGUAUUCUUGUAAGAUCGAUGUUUUUUGGGAUCUAUCGUCAGCGAAGUUCGGAUCAGGGCCUGAAGCGUUGGGAGGGUUCUAUGUGAGUGUUGUUGUGGACAAAGAGAUGGUUCUGCUUCUUGGCGAUAUGAGAAAAGAAGCUUUCAAGAAGACAAACGCUUCACCUUCGUCGUCUCUAGGCGCGGUGUUCAUCGCCAAGAAAGAGCAUGUCUUUGGUAAGAGAUCGUUUGCUACAAAAGCUCAGCUUUGCGCUGAUGGGAAAAUCCAUGAUGUUGUGAUUGAGUGUGACACGAGUGUGACUGAUCCUUGUCUCGUUGUUCGUGUGGAUGGGAAGACGCUGUUGCAGGUGAAGCGGCUUAAGUGGAAGUUUCGUGGCAACGAUACGAUAGUUGUGAAUAGAAUGGCUGUGGAAGUUUUAUGGGAUGUUCAUAGUUGGCUCUUUGGGAUGCCUUCGGUGGGGAACGCAGUGUUUAUGUUCAGGACUUGUCAAUCUUCUUCGGAGAAGAGCUUGUCUUUCUCACAGGAUAUUAUGGCAACUACAACGAACUCCAAGUCUCAAAGUUUUGUUUUUUCGUUGAUUCUGUAUGCUUGGAAGAACGAGUAGAGAAAGAGAGUUUUUUUUUACUGGGUACUAACAAAAAACCUUAAAAGCGUUUGUUGAUUCCUUAUCGACAUUUGUUAUUUUAAUAGCAUAUGAUUAAUGAGUUGAUUUCUGCAAAUAUAA